AUGUCUGCUAGUGAUUUCAAUUAUGAGUAUUUCAACGUCACGUUCCCUCAGGAAUACGUGGCCCAUGUUGAGAUCAACCGGCCGGCGAAGUUGAAUGCUUUCAUAGAGGCAAUGUGGCUCAACCUCUCCAAACUAAUCACCCAACUCUCCACCUCCCCCUCCGUCCGCGCCAUCCUCCUCACCGGCGCCGGCCCCCGCGCCUUCACAGCCGGCCUCGACGUCCAAGCCGCCUCCCAAUCCGGCAUCCUCGCCGACUCCUCCUCUAGCGAACUCGACCCAGCCCGCCACGCCUUCCACAACAUCCAGCACAUCGGCGAGUUCCAAGCCUGCAUCAGCACGCUCGAAAAGUGCCCCAAGCCCGUCAUCGCCGUGCUGCACGGCAUCUCCUACGGCCUCGCCAUCGACCUGUCGCUGGCGUGCGACAUCCGGCUGUGCGCCGCCGACGCACAGUUCGCCGUCAAGGAGGUCGACAUCGGCCUGGCGGCGGACAUCGGCACGCUGACGCGGCUGCCCAAGAGCGUAGGCAGCGCGUCGUGGGCCAAGGACGUCGCGCUGACGGCCCGCGUCUUCGGUGCCGAGGAGGCCCUGCGCGAGGGCUUCGUGUCUGGCCCCGUCUAUCCGUCCAAGGACGCCGCCGUGGCGGCCGGCUUGGAGAAGGCGAGGCUGAUCGCGACGAAGAGCCCCGUCGCGGUGCAGGGGACGAAGGAGCUGUUGAAUUAUAGUCGUGAUCAUACGACCGAAGAAGGUCUCAGGUAUACGGCUGUUUGGAAUAGCGCCAUGCUCCAGACGAACGACAUCAAGGACGCGUUGAUGUCGGGGUUGAAGAAGACGAAGCCGAAGUUCGCGAAGCUGUGA